UUUUUUUGUUCUUUUUUCUUUUUUCCUUUACACAUACUUUUCUUUUUUUUUUCCCUUUACACACAUUUAUAUAAAUAAAUAAAUAAAUAAAAAUUAGUAUAUAUAAAAAGGGACUAAGAAAUUUGUAUAAACUUUUCGUCAUCACACUCAAGACAAAAAAGAAGUGAAUGAGUUCAUAAUGAGUACAUCACCUACUUUAUUCAAUACUUCAAGUUCUUCAGCUUCAACUAGACUAGCUACACCACCUCAAAAAAUCAUGGAUACCCAACCACAUAUUAUUAUAAAAUCAUCUGCAAAUACUACCAACUAUCAUUCUUCAUCAGCUACUAUCAUCACAACACCCACAAGGAAAAACAUUAUUCAUAAACAAUCUGAGCAACAGAAACAACUUUCUAAUAAAAAUACACUUAAAAAGGCACCAUGGCGUGUACCUGGUAAUAAAUUUGAAAUACCAGAUAUUAUUAAAGAAGAAUGGGAAAAGAGACAAAAUAAAAUCAAACAAAAUGAUAAACAACAACAACAACAACAAAAAAAGAAAACGAUUGAUGUAAUAGAUAAUAAAAAUCAAUUUCAAAUUAAAAAACGAUGGAUUCCAGUAGGUAAAUCGCCAGAUAUCUUACCAAUGCCUCCUCCUAUCUUAAAAGCGAAACGUAAAUUACAUGCUGAGUUUGAUGCUAAACUUCGGAAGGUACUUCCCGGAUCAAAAAUUAUGGAAACAGACCCAAAUGAAGAAUUUGAUAAUAUUCGUCAAGUUGGCAGUGGAGCAAAUGGUGCUGUCAUACGUGCAACCAAAAUAUCGAAUAAAACACAUGUAGCGAUUAAACGUUGUUAUAUUGAAGAUCAUGAUAUUCCUCAUCAUGCUUAUAUUCUUAGAGAAUUACGUAUCAUGGGUCGUUUAGAACAUCCAAAUCUAGUUAAAUUAACAGAAGCUUGUCUUUGGAGUGAUCAUCUUUGGAUGUGUAUGGAACUCAUGUCUUGUUCUGUCUUUAAUUUAUUAUUCCAUACUUCGGUUGGUCUUAAUGAAGGAAAUACAAUUCGUAUUGCUAAAGAGUGCUUAAAAGGUUUAAUUUAUUUACAUUCAAAUAAUUAUAUGCAUCGUGAUAUUAAAUGUGAAAAUAUCCUUUUAAAUCGAAAUGGUCAAGUUAAAUUAGCUGAUUUCGGUUUAGCUACUCCAUCAAAAAGAGAAAAUACAGCACGUUUAGGAACUGCCAAGUGGAUGGCGCCUGAAGUUGUGUUAGAAGAACCUUAUAAAGCAAAUGUCGAUACCUGGUCUCUUGGAGUUACAAUGAUUGAAAUGAUGGACCGUGUACCGCCACUUUAUUAUCUUGAAGAUACGGGUGAUAUUUAUGCUGAAAUUAUUUAUGGUGGUUCACCUAAUUUUCAUUUUACAAAGCCUUCUAAAAGUAUGACUCAACUAGUUCAAUGGAUGUUGACUCAUAACAGUAUUAUUCGUCCAUACCCUCAAGCUGUAUUAAAAGUAAGUCUUUUUCUUCUUUUAAGGAUUUCACUUUAUCUUUAAUAUGUACAUAUCUUUUUUUUUUAAAAAAUAGAAAAUAAAUUCAGAAAUCAAACACGGUAAUCUUAGAUGCACAAGGCAAAAAGAUUUAGCACGUUUAGUAUGUCAAGUAUUCCCUGAUUCCCUCGAUUAACUUUAUUGUAUAAUUGACAGUUUUUUAUUUCUCCACAACAUAUCUCCUUAUUAUUGAUUAUUAUUUAUUGUUUAAACCAUUUGCUUUUUCUUUAUUCCCCCCACCCACCCUCUGCCUCUUCUCCUUUUCUCUCUCUCUCUCUCUCUUUACAUAUAUCAUUUCUUGUGUUAUUAAUUAAAAAGAAUAAAACGAAAGUUACCAUGCAUAAAA